AUGGCAAUCCCAAUUCCGUAUUGGCCAACGGAGAUGAUGUGGCAGAGGGACACUCAGGGACAAACGAUGAGGUUGCGUUUGCUAGCGUGCGUAUGGGUCGCACUGCUGUGCUCUUACGCCGUUCGCCAGGCGGAUUCAAAACCAUUGCAGCCUGUUCCAGUCGACGAACGGGACGCGGAAGGCGACGCAAAUGGCUCGGAGACUAAAGAGCCAGAUGACACUGGGCCAUUGUUUAUAACAAAGGUGGUUAAGGAAGAAGGAACUGAAGUUGCAAAAAAGCUUAGUAAGGUUAUUCUUCCCAGAGACUUUCCGGUGUUUGAGGCAUAUUCCGGAUACAUCACAGUGGAUGAGACCUACGACAGCAAUAUGUUUUUCUUCCUUGUCAAGGCAAAGCCGGAUGACCCCAAUAAACCACUUACCAUCUGGAUGGAGGGAGGCCCUGGGUUCUCCGGACUGCUCGGAAUGUUCACCAAAAAUGGACCCGUGGGCAUCACUAAGGAUGGCGUCAUCUGCGCCCGGUUAGACGCCCUGACAGAGAACACAGAUGUGGUCUACCUGGACGCUCCCGUGGGAGGAGGGUUCAGCUUCACCAAGAACAUGACGCAUGGAUUCUCUAAGGACCUCACCGGCACGAGCAAGGACAUCUCAGAGUUUCUCAAGCAGUUCCUGAACGUGUUCUCUGAGUACAAGACCAGAGACUUGUACGUCGGCGGAGAAUCCUACGGAGGUAGACUUGCCGUUGGUUUUGCAAACUACAUCUCUGAAAACGAAAAUCGACCAAGCAGUGAUGUGGCCACUAGAUUCAACCUGAAAGGAGUCGUUGCGGGAUCUCCGUUCCUUGGUCCACUGCUGGAAACCAUUGACUCGUCAGAAUUCCUCUUCUCCGUCGGAAUGCUGAACACCACAUCGAAAGUUUUGUUUCAUCAAGCCUUUGAAAACCUCACAAAAGAGACUGACAGAAGAAAACAAUUAUUUACUUUUCUUCAGACAGUAUUUCAGGAUUACACUAAAAAGAAUCCAACGCUUUUUCAGAGACUAACGGGCUACAAUAUUCAUUCAAGUGUCCUUCACACCAGGAUACCACAGGUGUUUGUAGAAUAUAAAAAGUAUGUCAAUAACUCAGACUUCAAAACUAGGAUUCAUGUUGGUUCUGAUGCAGUUUUGAGAAAGCAGACGCUGAACGUCAUUUUUAGCAUGGGAAUGGUUGACUUCUUCACAAAUAUAAAUUCAAUAGUGGAAAGUGUUUUUAACAAAUUCAAGGUUUUAAUAUACGGCGGCCAGCUUGACACGAUUUUUCCCGCGAUUAACAUGGAUAAAUUCUAUAACAGUCUGACAUGGGAAGGGUCGGAAGAUUUCAAAAAGAAGAGAGUUACCUGGUACAGCGAGAAUGACCCUGACUAUUUGAACGGCUAUGUAAGAAAGGGGGGUAAUGUGGCGUACGUCCUUCUUGUUGGAGCUGGGCAUGAUCCUGGAUUUGAUGCGCCUAAGCCUACUCAUACAUUAAUCGGCAAGUUUCUAAAACAACAAGAAAUUUUGAAGUCAGUGAACACUGCUGAUGCUUUAUUAAAGGAAGAUUGA